AGAUGGUGGAGUUCCAAUCAGCUUUCAAGUGUUUUUCUUUGUGUCUGUGUCUUUGUGUGUGUGUGUGUGUGUGUGGUGUGACAGCAAACCAAACCUACCAAUAUCUCAUGUUCUUAGUACUUUUCUCUUUCUUAUUGCCAACCCAUGAAAAAAGUUGUACUGUAGGGUAUAGUUUUUAGUGCAUAUUUUUUCCUCCUUAUAUAGCUUCAACCCUCGCUCCCCCAUUGAUUGAGAGAGAGAGGGAGAGUACAGAAGAGAGGAAACUCGUUACCUGGGAAAUCUUGUUUUCUGUUUGGCCACUCAUGGAAGCGUCAAGGGACGAGCCAACAAGACCGUUUGAUUCCUCCUGCAUCGUUUCCACAUCCACAGCUCUUCCAUGCUCAGAUCCUCCACAGCAGCAGUACCUAGAACGGAACAGCAAAAACGAAGAAGAAGGCCGUCAUGACAAAGAAGGAGAGGAAGGUGCGGGACUAGACCUUAUGCUUACAGGGUUUGACUCUAGGCAACGGUCCAAUCAAGAACUCAACCUCAUCGACUGCUUAGAUGCGGGUUUCCCUCAGAGUUGCCAAGGAACUUCCGCUGAGCAAAAGCUUUUCUCGUGCAACUACUGUCAAAGGACGUUCUACAGCUCACAGGCCUUAGGCGGCCACCAAAACGCCCACAAAAGGGAGAGGACUUUAGCAAAGAGAGGGCAACGUAUCGCAUCAGCUUUCGGCCAUCCCUAUGGUUUCACCCCGAUGCCCUUCCACGGGCAUUACAGCAACAGAUCCUUGGGAAUUCAGGCACAUUCCAUGAGUCAUAAGUUGAGUUCUUACAAUGGAUUUGGUGGACAGUAUGGACAAGUCAACUGGUCUAGACUACCUCUUGAUCAGCAACCGGCCAUUGGAAAGCUGUCUUCAAUGGAGAAUCAUCACAUGAACGCUGGUAGGUUCAACGUAGGAAGGAUUGUACCAGGUCCUCUUACUCCCGAACUUUGGUGGGGAGGGGGAGGAUCAUAUAAAGGUAACCAUCAGGAGGAGCAGCAGAAGCUUGAUUUGUCCCUCAAGCUCUGAACUUUUUCUUGAUUUAUCCACUCUGCAAUUGUGUUUUUAUUUCCUCCGUUUGUCCUGCGAUUGAUAUUACAAAGAGUAAGUACUAGAUGUGUAUAGUUUGUCCACUAUAUAGAUUCCGAAUGUACAUCUUUUCAUAUGUCUACACGAUCUUGGUUUCCUAA